UGCUAACAUAACGUUGUAUUUCCCAAGUAGAGAUGAAGAACAAAAAAAAUGUAUUCCAAAUAUUGAGGAUCAAAAACAUGAAGACAUGGAAGGUGAAGAGAAUGAAGAAAGCUGUUCCUGUCCUGCUGUGUUAUAUGAUGAAGCUGACAGGUGCCCGAUCUGUCUAAACUGCCUUUUAGAACAGGAGGUUGGUUUUCCUGAAAACUGCAGGCACUUCUUCUGCAUGCCCUGUAUUCUUAAAUGGGCUGAAAUUAUGGCUUCAUGUCCGAUUGAUCGCAAACCUUUUCAAAAUGUGUGUCAGCUUGGUGCAUUAAAAUACCAUAUAAAAGUUCAGGAGAAGAUUCAACUAAGGGAGAAGGGAGAAAAAGAAAACUGCUGCUGCAAUAAGGAAAAAUGUUACCACAUGAAUACAAAAAUCUUUAUGAGAAGGGAUACAUGUGCUGACAAAGGACCAUUAAUAGAAAAACUCUGUAAAGAUUUGAAGAACUACAGUGGUAUUUCAGAUGAAAGAAAUAAGGAAACUGCAUCUGUGAAGAUAAACAAGCCCAGAAGACAGACCUGCUCCAAUGAGUGCUUCAGAAAUCAUUUCUGCAAUAGAUCUCCUUCCACUGGAGAAUCCUUCUCCAGCUAUAGAAAUGACUGUACAGAACUUACAGAAAUCCAUACAGUGAUCAGACAGAAGAGACGAGAACUGGAAUUGUCAUCAUCCUCUAUGUUAGCUAGAGUUCAAAGAAAUUCCUUCAUGUUUUGUGAAGCUGAAGCAGAAACCUUUCUUCUAGCUUCCAGUGUAAUGCCAGAGACUGUUUUUCCAACACAUACCACGCCUUUGGAAAAAUUUGAUUCUUUGGGAAAGACAUAUGCUGUUGCAUGUACUCAGGAAGGAGAGGAGAAAAAACAAGCCUCUGGAACAUCUGGUACUAGAGGAACAAGAAAGAAGACUGCAAAUACUACUCCUAGAAGAUCUGCACGGAACAGAAAAACUGAGACUAUGAGUCAAUCUCGCAGCUCACCAAGAUCAAGUAAUUCUGGAUGUGAUGCCCCCAAUGACAGUAACUCAACUAUAAAUGUUUCUUCUGCAGAUUCAGAAAAACCAGUUUCAAAACGGAAGUCUAAAAGAGGAGUUAAACAGCAGGUAUCUUUGGUUAAAAAGAAACUUAGAAGUUCUCUGCGUUCUGAAAAAUCAUCGAGUGAUUCAGUGGAAGAUGAAGUUGCUGAGUCUGAUACACCUCCAGUAUUAGAUAAAGACCACCUGUCAGAUAUUGAAAGUAGUAACUCUUGCCUUAUGCAUAAAAAUAAUGCAGAAACAGAGUCUGCUAAUGGCUUGGAAAGCUGCAGUGAACAUGCAGAGAGUGAGGAUCUUACCAGAGACUGUGACAAAGAACAAAAUACCCUAGCAAAUUCAGAUUCAGGGUCUUCUAUCCAAGAAUCUCCUGUGUUAGCCUUAGAGGCUCAGAAAUGUGAAAUAAAAGAUGUCAACAAAAAUGUUACAGAUUUUGAAAAUAAAGAUGUUUGUGAAAAUAUUCUUGAACAAAUCGAACAGUCAGUGGAUAAUCACAGAGAUCAAUUACUUGAGGAUUCAAUAACACCUACGAAAGUAGAUCAGACAUUAGAUGAAUUGCCUGAGUAUCCAGAAUCUGUGGCAAAAGUAGUUGAGCCUUUAGAUAGCCCCAGAAAUGAAUUGACUGAGCAUCCAGAAUCCAUAGAAAUUGAUGAUUCUGAGGACAAAGAACAGGCAGCAAAUUGUAACACUUCAAAUAUUGCGAACAUAAAAACUGUUCAAGACACUGAAACAGCUGUAUUAAUAAAUAAUAUUUCUCUAGACAUUAACGAAUUGGACCAGUCUUUAGAAGAGGAGCCCAUACCUGUAUGUGAAGAGGCCAGAACUAAAGAGUUACUCAGGGUGAAUGUUGAACAAUCUAAUAAACACUUUAAUGAGGAUAACAAUGAAAUGAUACCAAUGGAAUGUGACUCAUUUUGCAGUGACCAGGCUGAAUCUCAAAUUGAACAGCCAUCACCAGUUGAUAGUGUAAAACAAGAGGAGGCAAACUCAUUGCAGCAAGAUUCCGAAAACUGUGUAUCACACUCAGGUCUUUCUGACAAAAAAGAUGAAGCUUCUUCUCAAGAAACAGAAUGCUCAACAGAAUUUAAAAAAGAUAAAAAGACUCGAACUAGAAGGUCUAGAUUUCACUCUCCAUCAACAACUUGGUCUCCUUCUAGGAGAGAGGCUGGGAAAUCUCAGUCACCAUCUCCCAAAAGAGAGACUGUCAGGGAGGGCAGGAGGUCUCGGUCACCCGACAGGGAAACUGCCAGGGAGGGCAGGCGAUCUCCUUCUCGGUCUCCAAAAAGAGAGACUGUUAGAGGGGGCAGGAAAACGCCAUCUCGGUCUCCUAAAAGAGAGACUGACAGGGAAGGCAGGAGAUCUCCUUCUCGGUCAAGAGUUAAAGAUUCCUCUCCAAGGCAAAAAUCUAGGUCUCAAAGUAAAGAUAGGGAUAGUGAUAGAGAUGGACAAAGGAGAGAUCAUGACAGAGAGAGAAGAAAUAGGAGAUGGUCAAGAUCCCGGUCACGAUCUAGAUCAAGAUCCAGAUCAAGAACAAGAAGUAAGGGUCCUUCAUUCAUUAGGAAUGAGAGAGAUGGUCACUCUCCUCGGUGGAAAGAGAGAGAUGGUCACUCUCCUCGGUGGAAAGAGAGAUGGACAAAUGACAGCUGGAGAAGUCCCAGAGGAAAUGAUAGAUACAAAAGAAGUGAACAGGAGAAACAGAAUGAAAAUAUACAAAAAGACAAUACAGAGAAAAGUACUGAUGAGCAAUGUUCUUCGGAAAAGCAUAAGAAUGAUUGUCCAGACUGGGUAAUGGAAAGGAUAAAUUCUGUUCCUGAAACCAGGAGCAGAGAGAGAGACAAAUUUAAAGAUCCACACUGGGAAGAAAAUAGACAUGAUAAUUCAGGACAUUCUUGGAAUAAAAACUUUGGUUCAGGUUGGAUUUCAAAUCGCAGCAGAGGUGGCCGUAACAGAGGUGGCCGUGGCAGAGGUGGUUUCAUGUAUGGAGACCAGAAUGAAGACCACUGGCAAAAUAGAAAACCCCUCUCAGGAAACUCAAAUAGUUCUGGGAAUGAGACUGCAAGGUUCCCAGAACAUCAACCAUACAGGCGUAAGAGUGAACAAGAUUUUUCUUUUGAUACGCCUGCUGAUAGGUCUGGGUGGACAUCUGCAUCUAGUUGGGCUGUAAGAAAGACUUUACCUGCAGAUGUACAGAACUAUUAUUCGAGAAGAGGGAGAAAUUCCUCAAGUCCGCAGUCUGGAUGGAUGAGGCAAGAAGAUGAAACAUCUGAGCAAGAUCCAAACCUCAAAGACCAAACAAACCAACCAGGUGAUGGCUCUCAGCUACCAAUAAAUAUGAUGCAACAACAAAUGAAUGUAAUGCCACAAGUGAAUGCACAACACCAGCCUAUGCAUAUCUUCCCAUAUCCAGUGGGUGUUCAUGCUCCUAUUAUGAACAUCCAACACAAUCCAUUUAACAUUCACCCUCCGCUGCCCAUGCAUCUCCAUACAGGAGUACCUCUCAUACAGGUAGCUGCUCCUACCAGUGUGUCUCAGGGAUUACCACCACCUCCACCUCCUCCCCCACCAUCUCAGCAAGUCAGCUACAUUGCUUCACAACCAGAUGGAAAACAAUUGCAGGGUAUUCCUAGUGCUCCUCAUGUAAGUAAUAACAUGAGUGCACCACUCUUGCCUGCUCCAACAGCAGUCCUGGGAAAUGUGGGAACAGUUCAGGGACCAAGUUCUGGUAAUGCAACAUCAUCAAGUCACAUCAAAACCUCUAAUGCUGCUGUAAAAUUUGCAGAAGGCAAAAAAUUGUUAAUUCAGGAAAAAGCAGCACAAGAGGUAAAACUGGCUAUUAAACCUUUCUACCAGAAUAAAGAUAUUACCAAGGAGGAAUAUAAAGAAAUUGUGCGGAAAGCAGUAGAUAAAGUUUGUCAUAGCAAGAGUGGAGAAGUCAAUUCUGCAAAAGUGGCGAAUCUAGUGAAAGCAUAUGUAGACAAAUACAAACAUUCACGGAAGAAAAAUCCAGAGGAAGUAGUCUCUGCUGAAAGAAAGAGAGAGUAAAAUGAAAACAUGAUCAAGAUAAAUCUGCAAAGUGCAAUUUCAACAUGAAUUAUUAAUUGAAAAUUAUUCAUGAUUGAUUGGAAUCUGGUUUUGAUAAAAUUAUUUUUCAAUGUAGUAUAUGUUUUGUUCUAAAUAAAUAUAGAUCUAACUGCAACUUCUUUAUCCCUUUUCAAAAAAAGAUGCUUAAAAGAAAGUAAAAGGCGUAAAGGAGGGUGCAUUUUUAUUAGAAAUGUACGAUUGUAUGGAUACUAGCAGAUGUACAGCAUUUUGACUUGAAUAAUGAAGUGCGUAAAAUUAGAAACUUCUAAGUACAUUGGUUUUGGAACAGGUAUGUACAAUACAUGUAAUCAGUCAGGUUAAAGAUAUUAAAGUAAGAUUUUUCUCUUUGAUUUUCCCCUAAUUAUAAUAAAGAUAAUGUAUUCCCCUGACAAAUAUUUCUAGUGUUAACUGGACGGAGUGAUUGCAGGGGUCAGUGUGUGUAUAUUAAAAAAAAGCACAUGGCUAUGUCUGAACAGAAGAACUGUUUAGAAACAAAAAAAAAAAAUUAAACAGUAAGAUUCAGUGUCCAGUAUCAUGGGCACUGUACAUCUGUUGUAACACCAAAUAAAGCUUAUGCUGCUUGUUUUUGUUUUGUGACUUUUGUUGUAAGAUGUUGGGACAAAUCUGCUUAAUUCUUACGGAAAUGAAUUGAAGGCUUCAGUUCCAAGAGGUAUGGUGCAGGCAACCACAGUACGUAUCUAAUUCUUCCCUCAUCUGGUAAAAGGACCUAGGAAAUUAUCAAUGUGUAGGGCUGGAUAUGCAGGAAUAUAAGCACUGGCUUUGUAUAGUUCUUCAACUAUAGUGAACAAGAGGGACUUCUGUAUUAAGUCUUACAUGGGUCUCUAAUGACCAGAGGUUGUCAGUUGUGCCAAUUUUAAUUAUGUGAGGUAUUUUAUUAACAUGAACUAGUUUGCAAGGGAACACAGCAUAGACCACCAAACUUGUCGCUAGAACGGCACAAAGUUAUCUUAGGUAACAUAUGAAAUAUGUAGUCACAUGGUAGCUUUCAUAUUUCCCAAAACACUUUUUGCAGUAAAGUUAGGUAGAGAGAGUCCCAUUCUAAAGGCAAAUAUGGAAGCCAUUAAGUGUGUUACCGAAAUGCUUGCAGUGUUGAGUAGAACCUGCUUUACACUGAGAGGGUCUGGUUGCCAAGACCUUGAGAUUUUUACCAGCUCUUUAUGGAAAAAGCACCAAUUCAGCUCCUUAAUAAACCUUCAACUUUCAUCGGGACAGGGACUAGGAGUGCGGUAGACGGGACCUUGCUUUCCUUCUCCUUUUGAACUGAGUCCCUCAGUACUGCACUCUGGUGAUACUGUUGUUUGUGAGCCCAAGACCCUUGUGCUCCAACUAAAGGCCUCAAAAGUGUGAAUGUGCCAUGCUGACACUUAGUCCCUGCAAUGUGGUGUAAUAUACUUUUGUUUGUUUUACCUUCUGGGAUGUUACCAUCCACAGAGCUGUCUUUGAUAGGGGACUUUCCAAUGCUUUUCCAUUCCCUUCCAUGAGAUGAAGGAUAAAAUAAGCGAUAUAGACAUAUAUAACUAAAUGCUGUCACAAAACAGUUGAUAACUUGGUUUUAAUAAUAACUUUCUGCAGACUUACUGAAGCAUUUGACUUGCUGUAUUUAUUUUUGUGUUCCUAAAUCAAACUGUUAUGUAAAAUGGAGACUGAUGGUAUAAUACAUUUUCUAUGGUCAAGCCAUGUUUUAGAUCUUUCAGAAGUGAUUCAUAAACAGUUGUAGCAAUUUGUAUGAACUCUCAAUCUAUUUUAAGCUAGAAUUGGUUAGCACUUUUUGACAAAUCUUGUAGCAAAUUGCUAUGUUGAUCCUGGUUAAUCACGCCAUGCGUACUUAUUUUUAUUGCAUUUUCCUCUUCUGAUGAAUUUUUGGGGUUCAAUGAUUUUUAUAUCUUUUUACUCUAUACAGUUGAGCCUCACUAUAAUGCUCCUUUUAGGAAAUAGAUAAAUGUCCUUUUGAAGGGAAGUAGGAGUGAAGGGCUGGAGGGAUGGUUGCUUUCAACAUUUGCGGGCGGGAAGGCAGGAUUUGUUAAUCUUUGUUUCCACACUCCUGUCUGGAUGACAAGAUUCCACUUUCUACCACAUUAUAAUUGGGGCAGUGAUUAUUAUAGUGAUGCUCCACUGUAUUUCAAAUCCUAAUGAAGAAUAUUGGAUAGAUUAGAAUAUGAUCAGUAAAACUUAUUUUUUACAAUUGAAAUAUUUAAGAAUUUAUCAGAAAAUAUGCAGUCCAUUAAAAAUGCAUUGCCUUACUACAUAGACUCUCCUAUAUUUUUCCAGAAAAAUCAGCAAGGUCUACUUUAAUGUGACUGCAUUAGAAGGAAUAUGCUUUAACUUUGUGAACAUCUUUUUGUUAAGACUAGUAUUAAAGCUGUGUUCCUGUUGAUAUUUAUUGAAACUCUGUUAAUCCCUAGUUGUUGGGAUUUCCCAACAUGCACUAAUACAGAAUACAAAGUGGCAGCAGGAGCUCUGGGCCCAGUUGAUGCUGAGAAGGUUGAUAAGAUAAGAUGAAUUUAUCUAAAUUGCCUUGAGAAAAUUUGUUAUACAUUUUGUGAAUAUAGGCAAAUCACAAGGAAUUUCCCCGCACUCCCUCAGAUGGUUUCACUGUGCAUGCUGCUUGAAUGUCUCAUCCUAAAGAUGUAUCUUCAGGAGCACAGUGGCUGGGCAAAGUCUAUGCUGUGGUGUUUAAGGCUGGAGUGCUGGCUACUGAAAUAAUAUUCUAAAAAUAGUUUUAUGUAGUGCAUAAUAUUUUCUAAUAAAUUCUUUUGACUAAACUUCAA